AUUUUACGUAAAUUCUCCAACCAAUUGUUUUUUUUUUUGGAGCAAAUGGAUUCUCUACAAAUUUCCGGAGGUUCUUCGAACGACGAAGAAGAUAUGUUACUAGCCAUGCAAAUUUCCGGCAUAGAACUCAUCGCUUACGCUGUAAAAACUGCAAGAGAGUUAAAUUUGCUAGAGAUUAUGGCUAAAGCUAGCCCCUUAGAGACCCAUAUUUCAACAUUGGACUUGGCUUCCAAGGCUGCACCAAAUAAUCCAGAUGCUCCGGUGAUGAUUGAUCGAUUGCUACGCUUCCUUAGUGCGUAUUCGGUGUGCACAUGUAAGCUAGUGAAGAACGAAGAAGGAAAAGAGUCAAGGACUUACGGACUAGGAAGAGUUGGAAAGAAGUUCAUUAGGAAUGAACAUGGAAUGUCUAUUGCGCCCUAUGUGCUUUUCCCCUAUUUACACACCAAGGAUGUUACAUGGUCUUACCUCACGGCGUCGAUACUAGAAGGCGGAGCAUGUGCAUGGGAGAGAGCUAAGGGGGCAUUGGUAUUUGAAUACAUGAAGAAAAGUGAGAGUUUCAUGGCAGAUUUCAACGGGUUUUUGAUGAGUCAUACGACAAUAGUCAUGAACAAGGUAUUAGAGAAAUACGAUGGCUUUGAAAGUAUGAAGGAUUGCACGUUGGUAGAUGUAGGAGGUGGGCUAGGCAUUAAUCUUGCCCAAGCACUCUCCAAGUUCCCACAUCUUAAAUGUGUCAACUUUGACUUGCCUCACAUCGUCUCAGCAGCUCCCCUAAUUCCUGGAGUGGAACAUAUUGGUGGCGAUAUGUUUGAAGAAAUUCCACGAGGCCAAGCCAUAAUGAUGAAGUGGAUACUUCAUGAUUGGAGUGACGAAAAAUGUGUGGAGAUAUUAAGAAACUGUAAGAAAGCAUUACCAGAAAAUGGAAGGGUAAUCGUAAUCGAAACGAUAGUCCCAGGGGAAAUAUCUGACACAGAUAUUGCAACCAAGAACGCACUGCGUUUAGAUAUGACGAUGAUGUGUUUAACGCGUGGGGGCAAAGAGAGAACCAAAGAGGAGUUUGAAGUAUUAGCUAUGCAAGCUGGAUUUAAGAUCCCAAAGUUUACUUAUGGUGCUUAUUCUUUUUGGGUCAUUGAAUUAUACCCAAAUUAAUUUACAACUUUUUUACUUUUAAUAUGUUAUUAUUGUUAAAUAAACAUUCUAGUCUCUUUCGAGCGUGGAAUAUUGAUUGUUGUUGAAUCUCUUUCUUUAAUUUAUAUGUGAUUUGAGUUAUGUAUGUGAUUUGCAUUUUACAAUACAAUACAUUUUGAAUAAGUUUUUAACUUCUACAAAAUCAAACUUUAUCUUCCUCCUUUAGAACCUGAACGUCAUCAUUUUCUGUGGAUGCAACUUCUACAGUUUCCGCUGCCUCAGUUUCUACAUUUUCUGUGGUCAAAAGUUCUUGAGCUUCUGAUUCUGCUGUUACCGGAGUUUCUAUAUCCGGCUUUGGUUCUUCAACCUUAGAAGGUGGAGUGUCGACGUCACCAGAAUCAACUUUAUCUUCCAUACUUCUUUCCUCUUCGGCCACCGUCUCAAUAUCAACUUUU